AUGAUGAUACAUUUUGGUCGUUUUAUACGAUCAAGUCAAUAUUUUUUUUUCAUUGUUGCUGCUCUGUUCGUUUUUUGUCCAUUUUUAAUUAUCAUUUAUAACCAAUCUGUCGUAUCGUAUGAAUUCGUACUUUCGAAUACUUCUAAUGAAACUCGUUACGAACGAUUUUGCCGUCAAGUAUACCAACGUAUCAAUGUUGAACAAACAUCAACUACCCCUAUUCGAAUUAGUCCUAAAAAUGGAUCUAUUCCAUAUUCAUAUUCUCAAUGGCGUUCAAGUUCGCUUCUGCCUCGUGCACUGACUCCAUGUGAACAUGCUCUUUAUAUGCAUCUUUUAUCAAUACUCAUUGAAAAAGUUUUUAAUAAAUAUAAUAUUCCAUAUAUGAUGAUGGCUGCUACACUACUCGGUAGUUAUACACGUCAUGAUAUAUUACCAUGGGACGAUGACGUUGAUCUACGUGUUUCAAUAUCGGAUCGCUAUCGUUUACAAUCAAUUAUUAUUGGAGAACUUUCAUCAGAACCCCACUCAAUUAUUAUAAUGCAAUUACAUAAUAAGCGUAAUUAUGAUAAGGUAUUUUUCUCUUGGUGUCCUCAUGCUGGUGAAACACCAUGGCGUUUUCCUUUUAUCGAUAUAUUUUAUCAUGAUCAAAAUUCAACACAUAUUUGGUUAUUAGGACAGCCAAGUAGUUGUCCCGUUCGUCUUGAAGAUGUAUUUCCUUUAGUACUUCGACCUUUAGGAUCAUUAUGGUUAUACGCACCUCGAGAGCCAAUGGCUCAUUUUGAAUCACGCAGUAUGAAAUCUAUUGAAACAGGCUGUUAUGCUUUUGCAUAUUCUCAUAAAUAUGAAACAUUGCUAAGAGAUGAUACUCUUGUUGCCGAUUGUUCCCAACUUAAAUUUGUUUAUCCAUAUGUUGAACGACAAUGUGUAUUAAAUAAAUGUAUUGAAUAUCUUAAAUUGGGCCGUAAAACUAUUAUACAUAGACUCAUCUAUCAUUACGCUUAUAGAACAUUUUUAUAUGCAGAAAAAAAUCGAUCCUUCGUUCCAUGUCAAUCUUCACUUUAUAGUUAA